UGGAGAGGUAGAGACAAUUUUAAUAGUCCACAGGCUUUCUUUCUUUCUUUCUUUAACCCACGCGGCAAAAAGCAGCUUACCUCCAUGGCCGCCGUGAACGAGACGCUGAAGGUGGGGCAACUUCUGACCAGCCCGAGCAGCUCUUGGCAGGCAGAGGUGGUCCGAGGAGUCCAGAUUACUGCCACCUUGCUCAUUUUCCUGGUGGGUGUCCCUCUCAAUAUGCUCGUGGUUUGGGCGCUUGGACAGAGUCGACGGCAUCUCAUUCGCAGAGGCAGCAGGGAAGAGACACGUGCUGCGAGCAGUUUCCGAAUCUACGUCCUCAACCUGGCGCUCGCUGACCUGGUGCUAAUCCUUCGGACGCCGCUCAUGUUAGGCUACCUGGCCCACCACAACAGCUGGCCGUUUGGGUUUGCCCUGUGCCGCAUGGUAAUGUUCCUACGAGGCCUGGGGUUGUACGUCUCGGCCUUCCUGGUCUGUGCCGUGGCUCUGGAACGAUGCCUUUGUCUGCUCAGGCCUGUGUGGGCUCGACUGCGCCGCCCCGCCUGGGCUGUUCCUUUGGCCUGUGGCUUGUCGUGGCUGCUAGCUGCCAUCCUGUCUGCCCCCUACCUGCACAGUGCUGUUCUGAAGGAGAACAACAGCACGUACCAGUGCUUGGAAAGUGGAAAUUUUGACAUGGGGUUGUUUGUUACUGAGACCAUAGCGGGUUUCAUCUUGCCCCUGCUGGUGUUUUUAGGAAGUAAUUUGGCAAUUUUGCAUACAAUCCAGCAAUCUGUGCCAAUUAGUCCAACCUCUUCCUCACCAUCAGCUUCACGGAAGAUGACAAGGAUGUAUCAUGUGCUCUUCUUUACCAUGCUGCUCUUUCUCAUUUGCUGGGUGCCCUACUUUGUGUGCAGAUUCCUGCGGGCCCUGGCCGAAGGACGCCUCGAUAGGGCUGCACUAUAUAAAAGUGCAUCUUAUGGAACAUACAUCUCCCUGUACUUAGUGUACACUAAAAGUGCCCUUAACCCCGUGCUCUAUGUAUUCGCUGCCAGAGGCCUUGGGCGUGCCGUCCGGGCUUCAGUCGCCUCGACCAUUGAACGACUCUUCAAUGACGACUCCACUGAGUCCAUCCGGAAAAGAUCACUAAAAAACUCCCAGUUGUAGCCACCGAUUU